AUGAGGCCCACCAGCUUCUGGGAUUUCAUAGGGUUUCUCAUGUUUGUGACUCUGGUGUCUGGGGAAAGAAUCAAAAAGGAUAAAGAAAAAGCAGGAAUCUGCCCAGUUGACAACAGGUUGUGCUUCAUAUUUGAUUAUCCCCGGUGUCAAAGAGACAAUCAAUGUGAAGGGAAUAAGAAGUGUUGCUUUAUGGAAUGUGGCUUUAGGUGUGUGAUCCCCAAGAAGCAGCUAAAAAAAGGUGAGGAGCCCCUGCACCCCAGGUAUGGUGCUCUCGCUUCCACCGCCGUGUCUACCCCAUGA